AGGUAUUUUGGCAGGCCAGAAGGCAGCUACACACACAAAUCCACAGAGCGACGACAUGUCCUCAUCAUCUGCUAUUGCUGCCGCUGUUCCUGUGAAUAAAAAAUCUAAAUAAUUAUUAAUAAAAACCGAAUCGAAAAACACUUAAAGGCACUGCAAAUAACAUGCAUAAAUAAUAACAAACAAAUUACACCAAAACACACACACACAAGUGCACAAGGAAUUGCAGCAAACCAAAAAAAAAAAAAAAGAAGGAGAAGAACAAUUUUUUGUGUGUGUUUUUGCGAAUAGGCAAAAGGCGUUGCCAAAUCAAAAGCAGCAGCACACAGAUUGUUGAAAUAAAUGAAUAAAUAUAUAAAUCUCUACUAAACGCAAUCAUAACUUAAACGAAACAGGCACAAAGUAACUAAUAUAAAUAUUUAUAACUGAAAAGAGCUAGAGAACUGCAAGCAAAUAAAUUAUUCAUACGCACCGUUAAACAAAACAGCAACACAGCAAACGCACCAAAAGUGAAAUUUUCAAGUGACAUUGUGAAAGGCAGCCACAAUCCAGGCUGCAUUAAUAAAACAUACAACAAUCAUAUAGCAUAUAGGAUACAAAGGAUAAAAGGAGUCGGCACAGGAGGCGCUCUGCCUGUUCUAUUAUUUAACUGCUUACAACAGACGUUUUCAACUGGACGAAAGCUGAUUGAAAGCCGCUUUCAACAGCAGCAUCCGUCGUUCACUAAUACUCAACGCGAGGGAGAGAGAGAGCGAGAGCGCACAAAAUAGUGAGAGGGAGAGACGGAGAGCGUGAUAGCAGCAGCGACGUCAACGUCAAUCCGCUCAAUAUUUAUAUUGCACGAGACCAAUUCGCGAUUCACGCUCCAACUGCUGACGACUCAGACGCAGACGCCACUGGAGGUCCUGGGUAUCAGACUGUGGCUCUGGUUCAUCUGGUGCCUGGUCCAGCCACAGCACCAAAAUAAAUAACAUCUGACAGCUGCUGCCUGUCUCCUGCUACUGCGCCCACACCAGCUCGCAUCCAGUCGAGUGGACUCAACUCUCUAGUGCACAAUUCGCAGAGGCCCAAGCAAUAUUUCCGCCAGACAAAUACGCUACAGCUGUAACUGCAAUCGACUACUACAAUCAGCCACAACAAACUAGCAAUAACGGUAGAAACAAACCAAAAAAGAAAUAAUAAACAACUAAAAAACACGCAAUGGGUGCCAAGGAAAGUGUCGAGGCAGCCGUCAAAAUGAAUGCCGAUGGCUGGGGCCACGUGGAGCGCGGCAGUCGCUACCACGGCCAUCGGCAUAAUCAACGUUCGCAGUCGCUAAAUCGCGGCCAGGCGCUCUCGCAGGCGGACGUGACCGGCAUGUGGUGACAUCGGGGUGCCUCUGG